UUUAACCAACAAAAAAUAAGCGCAUUCGUGUUUCCCCGAGUUGCAUGUGAAACAUUUGGUACGAGGCGCAGAUGGAAAUGAAAGUCAUUAGUUCUCCAAACAGGAAUUUCCACUCGCUGUUCGCCGUUUUAUCACUUUGAAUAAGUAAUUUACGCCGUCGUUAUGUCCCUUUGUUGUGUGAAAUGAUCUCGAGUGUUUGUAAUGUACGCAAGUUUGCCAUUCCCGUCGUGUUUACGCUGUUGUUAUCGCUAAGCGUUUGUUCAGAGUUGAGGGUGCUCGUUCGUCUGAAUGAUGGGAAAAUAACUGAGGAGAUCUUAGAGGCAGACAGCGAGAAAGACAUCAUAAAAGUCGAGUUCAAACAGCGAGACGGGACUCUCAUCACAUUCCUGUCGGAUUUCAAGCGUCAUGUGAAGAUCUUUCGUGCAUUGGUCCUCGGGGAGCCAGAGAGAGGUCAGACACAGUAUCAGGCCCUGUGCUUCAUCUCCCGAUUGGAUCAUGGAGAGCUCAUCCCCAGUCAUGCCAUGGCCAGACUCCGACAGAAAAACCCUCACGUGGUGCGGAGUGCAGAGGAGGUGCAUGGAGUGGAACGGCUCAGUAUGAACGCGGUGGUCAAUAUGAGUAUUUCGUGGCACCUCAGUACUCACAUCCGAAAUGUCUGCAGGGAAGCACAGGACCUCGUGUACACACGGCAGCAAGAUGUCAAGCACUGGCUGGACAGAGGGGUCGAGGCCUCAAUAUUUAAGGUGCUUCCACAGAGUCUGGAUGUCAAUGGCUUACAGAGCUGCAACUCCACAACCGACCCAUGGCAGCCCUGUGCCUGCAGUUACAAGUUAAACCUGGAGUGGUUCCCCUGCCAGCUUAAGUACUGUCGGGGUCAGGGGUCAAGUCCCUACAAGUGUGGCAUUAAGAGUUGCAGCAAAGGCUACCAGUUUGACUUCUACACACCUCAUAAACAGUUGUGCCUUUGGGACGAAGACUCUUUGUAGUACAAAAUGGUACUUUUUUAGGAAAAAUUGAAUUUUUAAGCAAACAAAAACAAAUGUGUUUAUAUCUGUAUUUACAGAAAAAAACAUGAAAAUCACACACUUUUCACAUGUUAUGUUUUUGUGUAUGUGAAAUUCAAGUGGGUUUUCUGUAAAAUGUACUUUAUCACAUACUGUAUUUGUGAAUAAAACAAAAGUAUUAUUUCA